AUACGUCUUUUCAACUGAAAAAACGACAUUCCUGUGUAUUACCUGUGGAGAGCAGCAAUAGCAUUCGAUGAGUGGAACCAGCCUCCGAUUUCAGUUGAGGAAGAACGCGGAAACGUCACAUGGAGAGAAUCAACCAGCAGUAGCUGCUACACCACUAAUCACACUACAUUAACAUAACUAGCCCGGACAUGCUAACUGAGUCUGCUACGGGAAUUCGCUUUUGAUCGACCGUACGGGCGGAAUUGCCAAUCUGCAAGAAACCAACGCAAGAUUUAUAGACGGUCGAAACAACGUUACGGCCACACUCGGUUAUCGUGGCUUCUCCUAGCAUCCAACGGACAGGCUAGUUUGGCUAGCUACCGAAGCCCAACGAUAGCGAACUCUGACUUGGCUAGCGUCAGGCUAGCCAGCUAGCUAGCUAGCUACUAACCUCGCUAACGGUGGCUGUGGUAGCUUGCGUCAUGGAUGAACUGGUCGUGGAAGUGAGGGGCACGAGCGGGGCCUUUUAUAAGGCCUUUGUGAAGGAUGUUCACGAAGGAUCGGUCACUGUGGCUUUUGAAAACAAUUGGCAGCCGGAGCGACAAAUCACGUUCCAGGAUGUGCGCUUCCCUCCUCCAACGGGCUCGUGCAAGGAGAUCAACGAGAGCGACGAGGUGGAGGUGUACUCCAGGGCGAAUGACAAGGAGCCAUGUGGGUGGUGGCUGGCCAAGGUUCGCAUGGUCAAAGGAGAGUUUUACGUUAUAGAGUACGCUGCGUGUGACGCCACACUGAAUGAGAUUGUGACGCUGGAGCGGUUACGGCCAGUCAACCCCAACAAACCAGCCAGCAAAACCACCUUCAUCAAGAUCCGACUGGACGUACCCGACGAUCUACGGCAGAUGUGCUCCAAGGAAUCGGCUCACAAAGACUUCAAAAAGGCCGUGGGAGCGUUCAACGUCACCUACGACUCGGAGAAAAAGCAGCUCGUCAUUUUGUCUGUGAACGAGGUCACAACAAGGCGGGCCAACAUGAUGAGUGACAUGCACUUCAGGAGCCUUCGCACCAAACUGUCGCUCAUGCUGAGGAACGAAGAGGCCAACAGGCAACUGGAGAGUUCCAGGCAGCUGGCGUCACGGUUUCACGAACAGUUUGGCGUCCGGGACGACCUAAUGGGUCUGGCCAUCGGGACCCACGGGGCAAACAUCCAGCAGGCCCGCAAAGUCCCCGGGGUCACCAACAUAGACCUGGACGAGGAGACGUGUACCUUUCACAUAUACGGAGAGGACCAGGACGCCGUGCGCGCAGCGAGGAGUUUCCUGGAGUUCUCUGAAGAUGUCAUCAAGGUUCCCCGGAACUUAGUAGGGAAGGUGAUCGGCAAAAACGGCAAACUGAUCCAGGAGGUGGUGGAUAAGUCUGGGGUGGUUCGGGUUCGCAUCGAGCCGGAGAACGAAAAAAAGCCUGCAGCAGUGGCGGGGGCAGACGAGGGAUUGGUGCCGUUUGUCUUUGUGGGGACCAAGGAAAGUAUCACCAACGCUACAGUGCUGCUGGACUAUCAUCUCAACUACCUUAAGGAGGUGGAUCAGCUGCGCCUGGAGCGUCUUCAGAUCGACGAGCAGCUCCGGCAGAUCGGAGGUGGAGGCGGGGGAGGAGCGGGAGGAGGGGGAGGAACGGGGCCGCGAAACCUCAAAGACAAAACCUACGUGUUUGAUAACGGCAUGGGGCUCGGGAUGGGGAGAGCAGGACCAGGAGGAGGAAAGCCCUACGGAGGAAGGGGAGGAAGAGGCGGCAGAGGGCAAAGAGGUGGAGGAGCUGGAGGAGGAGGUGGAGGUGCAGCUUUCGCCUCAGGCACCAACUCGGAGGCGUCCAACGCCUCAGAGACAGAGUCGGACCACAAAGAUGAGCUCAGCGACUGGUCGCUGGCCCCGACCGAGGAGCUGCUGACCGGAGGCGGGACCCUGCCCAGACGGACAGACGGGAGGAGGAGACCAGGUGGCGGAGGGCCGAGGGGCCGAGGAGCCAGAGGGAGAGGAGGGGGAGGGUACAAAGGGGAAGACAUGCAGUGGUCUGAGCCGAGGCCUCGUCAUGUCAGAGACCCCAAGACGAGAGCGCAGGAAGACACUCUACAGAUCCGCGUGGACAGCAACAACGAGCGCAGCGUGCAGCACUCCUCAGGGGGGAGAGGAGGCGGCGGGGGAGGGCCUUUGUCCGCCCAAGGUGGCGUUGGCGCCGUCGCCACCGGUGCCGAUGGCCCGCCUCGCCACCACCAUCAGAGACCCAUCAGAGACCGAGGGAUGAAGAAGGACAACCAGGACGCUCCUCCGCUGGUGAACGGAGUGUCGUAGACGCACCACUGGUGGACCUUCUCACUUAGACACACACACACAGACACACACAUGCAACUCAUCCUAAACCAUUGUAGAGUCUCUCGCUUUUUUUCUUCCUGUCUUUUGUCAAACACGUGAAUACACCAAUCUCAGCAGCACGGAAAAGGUAGACCUGAGGCGAUCUGCUCGCCAGCUCUUUUGACUCUCUUGAGGGUAAAGGUCCGGUUUGUCCCCGACUGCUCCGGUGUGUCCUGCUCUUUGCCAGAGGGACACAUAAAGGAAACAGUACUUUUUGGGCAAAAGAUGAGUUAUUUGACUCAUUUUGGAAAGGCACUGUGCCCAAACGUCAUUGGCAAAUCAUGCUUUUUUUUUUCCUAUUUUCAAAUGAACUAAAUCGGGUGUUCUUUUUUUGCCCCUGCCCAUGUUUGGAUUUCCUCGUACAAGAAAAAUGAAAUAAAAUCAAGAAAAUACUUGGUUGACAAGGAAACCAAGAAUUACAGCAGGAUGAAAACCUCCCUGCUGUAUGACCUUUUCUACUGCCCCUGUUAGUUGUAAAGAUGAUCUGACUGCGCACGUCACUGUUUCCCACUUGUUGGGAAUUUAUUUUUGAUGGUCUGCAGCUCCAAAAUCCAUCAUCUGAGGAGGUCAACGUUUCCCAUGUUUUAAGGUAAAUUGGGAGCAGGCAUACACAGGGCAACAAAACUACCAACCAAUUAUUCUCCUAUCGUUUAAAGUCGUCUGUGUUUUUGACAAUUUAGAACAAAGCAUGAUCUCAACCAGGUGUUAGACGUACCACUGGGGAAACAUAAAUCUGAGGCACUCUGUAGUGUUUUAAGCUUCUGACCGGAGCAAAGACGGUAACUCCAAAGAGUCUUCGACAGGGUACAAAAUGUCUUGCACUGCUGUUAUAUUUAAAACCAAUGACCUUUGACAGGGACACCUGGCGAGGCCAACAAUGACGGGGCGCGCGUGCGUAUGCUGACGCGUUCGGUUCGACACACCUUGUGCUCAGAACCAGCAGCGAGCAGCCAGGCCCUCUUCACCGGCCCAAAUGGUAUCAGAAAUUCUUUGUACAAAAAAAAAAAAAGGUUUUUUAAGCAGACUGCAUGAUCAUCAAAAGUUUUUUAAUUCCCCCGCACAAGGUGUCAUGUCCACAGUCACUCCAGAGGAGUGAGCAAUCAAUUUGAUGUAAUGGCGGUAAGAGCCCCAGAGGAAUACACUAGGAAGACCGGGGAGGUAUUUUAAGAAAUUCCAGAAAUCUGAACACCAAGUAGCUACUGUAAUAUAAUAGAAUCCUAAAUUCUGCAUACAACGGGCAGAGCAGCUCCAACCUGCAUAAUCCACAAAAGCAUACAGUAGAAGCUGUGACUCACAACUUGACAACCUUACCACAGCCACGAAUUGAGGCGCCCUCCAUGCGUUCCUCACUACAAUGUUUCUGCACCGUCGGCGUCCUGUGCCAGACUGACAGGGGCCCGUUGGACCUCAAAAGUGGGCUGUUUCCCAGCGAGGGCUUAGGCCGUUAGCGUUUGUCUAGUUCCACUCACUUACAUUUAACCAAGCACUCUUGGACGGAUGCCAGUGAAAUAAUUCCAGUAACUCUCUUUGCUUUCAGACAAACCUGAUCAGUUGGCAGGGUUAAGGCGGCAACUUGGUGAAUGUAAAACUCGUGUCAGUUGAUCACAUGAGCUUUUCUUUAAUUUAUGAAAAUCUUUGUAUUUAACCUUUUUUGUUAUGCAGUUAGAAAACCUGUUUGAAGUAUCACUGUAGAAGAAAUGUUUCAUUGAGUUAUACCUUGAGAAAAUAAAAAAAAAUAAU